AAAAUCUUUCAAAUCGUACACACAUUGAUUCACAUGACAAAAACACGCUUCGUUUUACAUAAAUCUAACCUCUCUCUCUCCAGCCUACAUCGAAUUUUCUCUCUCAAAACGGCAGUAACAAUAGAAUGGCAUUGCCGAAUCAGCAAACAGUGGAUUACCCAAGCUUCAAGCUUGUAAUUGUCGGCGAUGGUGGCACUGGGAAAACAACAUUUGUGAAGAGGCAUCUCACUGGUGAAUUUGAGAAGAAAUAUGAGCCAACCAUUGGUGUGGAAGUUCACCCCUUGGAUUUCUUCACAAACUGUGGGAAGAUCAGGUUUUAUUGCUGGGACACAGCUGGUCAGGAGAAAUUUGGUGGCCUUAGGGAUGGAUACUAUAUCCACGGACAGUGUGCAAUAAUCAUGUUCGAUGUAACAGCACGGUUGACUUACAAGAAUGUUCCGACAUGGCACCGUGAUCUUUGCCGUGUUUGCGAGAACAUCCCAAUUGUGCUUUGUGGGAACAAGGUCGAUGUUAAGAACCGACAGGUGAAGGCAAAACAAGUUACCUUCCACCGCAAAAAGAAUUUGCAGUACUAUGAAAUAUCCGCAAAGAGUAACUACAACUUUGAGAAGCCCUUUCUGUACCUUGCCAGGAAACUUGCUGGGGAUCAAAACUUACACUUUGUGGAAUCUCCUGCACUUGCUCCUCCUGAAGUGCAAAUUGACUUGGCUGCACAGCAACAGCAUGAAGCAGAGCUUGCUGCGGCUGCCAGUCAACCAUUGCCUGAUGAUGAUGACGAUGCCUUUGAGUAAACUCAGUAAAGCUUAUAAUUAGAAGGAUCUCUAAGUGGCGCAUUCCUUCUAUGUUGGUGCCCCAACCUUUUCUCUUGUUAUUUUGGGAUGAUCAGGCUUUUAUAUCGGGGAUUCAAGUUCUAAUGUAGGGGUUUUGCAGCAAAGAUCAAUCGUGGCUUUUGAUUUGCUUGUGUGAAGAUAACUUAUCAUUCAUCUUCGUAUUCCAGAUUCGACUUUAGUUCAUAUGAACUAGUUAAUUUUACAUGGCUAAAGUUUGCUUUCUGCUUUUGA